CCUUAAAGGGGCUGUUCACUACACGUAGCAGAGUGGAGCCGGCGGAAGGCGCUGGGUCUGGCUGCUGCCAGGGGCGGGCCGGACGGCGCACCAUGUACACCAUCACCAAGGGACCCAGCAAGCUGGUCGCGCAGCGCCGCACAGGUCCCACACAGCAGCAGGUGGAGAACAGGCUCGGCGAGCUCCUGAAAUGCCGGCACUCGGUACCGGCGACCGCGCAGCCCACGCGCGCGCAGCUCUUGGCGCCGCCUCAGGGACCCUGGCCUCUGGCGAGUUCUGGGCCUCGGCUUGUGUUCAAUCGAGUGAACGGCCGGCGGCCCCUCACCACAUCCCCAUCCCUCGAGGGGACUCAGGAGACCUACACAUUGGCCCACGAGGAGAACGUCCGAUUUGUGUCCGAAGCCUGGCAACAGGUGGAGCGACAGCUGGAUGGCAGCCCUGCCGGUGAGAGUGGGCCAUGGCCUGUGCAGUAUGUGGAGAACACCCCUGAUCCCCGGCUGCAGAACUUUGUGCCCAUUGACCUGGAUGAGUGGUGGGCACAGCAGUUCCUGGCUAGAAUCACCAACUGUUCAUAAUGGCUGCUCAGGAAGGAACGCUGCCAUAGCCGGCCCUCUUCCAGAAGAGGACCAUGGUGCCCCAUCCACCUUGUGGCCUGACUGGGCACCGGCCACACCUGAAGUGCCAGCAUUUGGACUUUUGCACCUAUUGUUCCCUUGGCUUGGCUGUGCCAAACUGCCAGGGCCAGGGGCCAAACCCGUCUGACCUCAGUUCUGCUCACUGAGUCCAGGAACCAGCCCCUGGGGCUGGCAGGGAGGCAUCCAGGCUAAUAAAGUUGAGAAACUGCC